CUUUUUUCGUCACGGCCUCUCGCGUCGAGUAAAUAGCAGGGCUAUCCAUUCGUUUUAUGGCCCUUGCAUGUUUCUGUCUCGAGUCAAACUGGAAUUUGGCUUGAUCUGAUCUCAUUUGAUCUGAUCUGAUCCCAGCCCAGCCCCCUCCUUCUUCUCACCAGUUCACAUUUCUUGUUGCCUGGUGCCUCUCGUUUCCAAUCCAAUCGGCUGCGGAUUCCUGAUCCUCCAGUAUUAGCCUCGUCACCUGUCUUGUCUUGGUUUCUUGAAACCCUGGGACACUUUCACACAAGAAAGUUCUCCGUAUCCAUUCAUUUUUUGACUUUGAUUUCUAUUUCUGUGCUGCUUCGCCGCAUCACCCACUCUUGGACGAUUUCAGGCUCGGCUGCGCCCCGCCUUGACCCUUCUUCUUUGCAGGGUCCAACGCCGCUUUUAUCUAUCGCAUGCGCGUCCAGUAUCGUGGGUUGUCUUUGGAGUUUUGGACAUCACCUUGCGAAUUGUGAUCUGUCUUGAUCGGAAAUUGGUUCUGCGAAUGUCCGUAUACGAAGGGGUGUGAAUGUUUCGACCGUUCUAGUUGCGCUAGAACACCCGAUAUAACACCCUCAUCAUGAGUCCGGCCAGUAUGGCGAUGUACUGGGUGCGCAGUACCGCGAGUGAUAUCGAGUCUGUGCCCUCUACCUUCUCGAGCUGGGAUAAAUGUAUGGCAAAGUCAUACUGCAAAUGGCCCGUUAUUGCCGCCAUCAUCAUCGUCUCCGUCAUCGUCAUCGGUAUCCUAGGCUGUAUCAUCAAUUGUCUCUGCUGUGGUUAUCAAUGCUGUAAAUGCUGUUGCGGAUGUUGCUGUCCCUCGGGUCGACGCAGAAACAAACAAGCAAAAUACUACGAUGAACCAACCCCCUACAACAACCACCAACAACCUCCUGCACACCAACCAAACCCUCAUACCGCAUACCAACCCUCCCCCGCACCUCCCGUCUACCGUGGCGCCGUCCAAACAGCAACAUUCGACAAUCCCAAAUCCCCGUCGAAAAUAGACGAAGAUGCUCUCCCACACAUGCCCACCUGGGCCGCAGCAGUGGAUAAACACGUCGAGGACCCGUCUGCCCACCGCGACGACGUGGAACUAGAACCUUUAAACCCGCAGCACCUGGACAGAAAACAAGGCGGCGCAUCACCUCUCCACGUCGCAACCGCGGUCUCGGAUUACCCGCCCGACCGCACGGGCUCCGCAGCUGGGUACAGGGGCUUUACACCGACGGAUCCCUACGCGCGUCGCUCUCCAGGUCCGGCGACUGCUCUGGCCGCAACUCAGGACCCUUAUGGCCGCCGUUCACCGGGCAUGUCGCCCCCGCCUAAUGCCCACGCCGCGGAUCCCUACGCGCGCCGCUCCCCAGGUCCACAGGGGAUGGGGGUGAUGGAUCCCUAUGGCCGCCGCUCGCCCGGCCCGGCAACUGCCUACGGCACAGGCACGCCGCAAGACCCCUACGCACGCCGCUCACCAGGCCUGACGUCCCCCGUCGGCGCACCAUCGCCCUACGACAACCACCAACAUAAUUAUAACCAGGGCUACGACCACUCCCAGCAACGUCAACAGCCAUACGACGAAUACCACAACGGCGCCGGCUACCACGCCGUGACAUCCCCUUCACCCGUAGCCACUGCCCCCUACCAAUCCCAAACCCACCAACAAAACAACACAUACAACGCCAUGCCAGCAUACUCACCACCGACGGAACACCCACCCGCGCUAGCGACCCGAGGUGGUUUCCAGCGUCAACCCUCCUUCGGGUCUAGCCAGUACCCGCCGACGUAUACGUCGCACCCUGCAUCUCCGCCACCGCCGUUCCAGUCUACAGCGGGCUCGGAAUAUGGUGCGCAUGAGUAUGGUGUUGCGGAGUCGGGACGUGAUCAGAGGCCGCCGAGUUUGUUGCAGAGUGGGAGGAGGCCGGUGCCGGGGACGUUUAGGGAUGUUUAG